AUGGCAGAGGCUACAGUCAAGGUAGACGAUCAUCCUUUUGCCAACGCAUUGGUAUCGGUCUUUGGAGUGAUCUACUUCGUAGCUUGGUCAUACUCGUUCUACCCUCAAUUGAUAUUGAACUACAAACGGAAAAAGACGACGGGUCUUUCACCAGAUUUCAUCUAUAUCAACCCGGUUGGAUUUUUAGCACUGACAAUAUGGUCUUGGGGAGCUUAUUUCUCUCCUAUAGCAAAGAAACAAUAUCAAUCAAGACAUGAUGGACAUUCACCUCAAAUAUCGAAAUCAGAUCUAGCGUUUUCUUUACAUGCUCUUUUAAUUUCCACGAUCACCGUAAUUCAAGUGUGGUAUUAUUCUCGACGAUCAUCUGUCAAACCCAGAGCCGGACCCGGACCCAGGCAAACACCCUCCAGGAGAGGUGAAGAAGAGCCAUUGUUACUCAAUAAUCAAGAUCAAGAUAAUCUUAAAAGUAAUUUAUUGAUAUCAGAUACACCUACGAGACCUUCCUUGACUUGUCAACUAGCUCUUUUGGGUGUAUUCGCAGCAUCGAUCAUUUCAGCUAUAUUAGUUUGGUAUGGUAAAUAUCAAUUCCUAGAUUGGCUGUAUCUCAUUUCAUCAAUCAAAUUAUUCAUCUCCAUGGUCAAAUACAUCCCUCAGGUUGUAUUGAAUUGGAAUUUGAGGAGUGUAGAAGGUUUCGCAAUUGGUGUAGUCAUUUGUGAUCUAAUCGGAUCCAUAUUCUCCUUCGCACAAUUGGUUGUCUCAUCAAUAUAUAUCGAUGGUGAUGCAGGUGGUAUAAUAGCUAAUCCUGCAAAAAUGGGUUUAUCAGCUUUAUCACUGGGAUUCGAUUUGAUCUUUAUCAUUCAGAAAUAUUGGUUCUUCGCAAAUACCAGCAAAGAGGAUGAGGUCCAGGGUGGCUCAGGUGAUGAAGAGGAUUAG